GUUGUCGAAACCAUUAGAUCUGUAAGUUUUCGUAAGGAACAAAGUUACCUGCAAAUUUCUGGACAACUAAUUAUCAUUUUCUGUUCCCAUAACACAGAUAUGCCACCCGCCAAUUUCUUUUCCCAAAAGCGUAGGACAACCACAAGAAUAAGUUCAAGGCAUCGUCCAAUAUUACACACUUGUGGAGUCUCCAUGUUGGCAAUUGUUGACAUUGCAAUAGGAAAAACGCAAAAUAUCAAUGGACCAUUAGGCUCAACAUUGAGAAGAGCUACAAAGUUAGCCAAAUUUGCCACCCCUUUUAUCUACACCAUGCAAUUCCAAUGGCUAACAAUGCUUUCUUUCAUUGAUGAUGCAAUCCUAGCAACUGAAAAAAUCACCGAAAAAUUGUUCCCCCCUUCAACCCGCCUGUUCGACAAAGUCGAUGAAAUAUUGCUUAUGGUAGUGUCCCUCCCAGAAAAAUUUGAUGGUGCUGUGAACAAGUUUCCCACAAUAAUCCACGAAGUACCAUUCUUGGAUCGGACACUGACCCUUGUCAUCUCAAGGUUGAACAUGUUGGUUUCUUUGUUGAAACAUUGGGGACAUGAUUCAAGGGCAAAUGAGAAAACUAUAGGUGUUGAUAAUGAAUCAGCAUGUGAAGGGUACCUUUCUAUGGAUGAUAAUAUAGCUAAUGAGAAUGUGGAAAGUUUUCCUCCUAUAUCAGAGGUUGAAUGCAAAGGCUCUCAAGACAUUGCAGUUAAUUCGACGAGUCACAUGAAAGGGUCGUACAAGGAAGCAUUGGAGAGAGGGAAAGAUGAGACCCCACUUGAGAAAAUGGAGAAGGAGAGUGAGAAGAAGAUCAUGGAAGGUGAUGAUUGUGAGUGUGAAAGAGGAAAGAAGAAUGAUGGGAAUAAUGAACAGUGUGAUGUUGCUGUUAUGAAAAAUCAAGUUGGAGCGAGUGAAGGUAUAAAGGAUGCUCUUCUUGAAUUGUUUGAGUCAGCAUGGCUCAUGAAAGCUGGUCAGUACUAGAAUUGAAAGAGACAAGUAGAAUGAAAUUCUCCUAUGCCAGUAGAAAAAUUAUAAGAAUUUAUUUUGAUAUAAGUUAGAAGUAUUUUUAGAGAUUUCUUUUACUAAAAAUAAAGAUUACUUUUUAGUAAAAAGAAAUCCAAAAACAUUUCUAAAAUUGUAUCUAAGUAAAUUUAUAGUUUUAAAACAUCAUUAAUCUAUGAUCACGAUCAACUUUAUUCUUUGAGUCCACAAAAGAAGUUAAUUACAGAAACUCCCUUAUCAUCAUGUGUAUAUUGAUUAAAUCUAUGAUAGUUAGGAAUUAUGGAAGUAAUUUCUAGUUCAUGUCACUCACAUUUGUGACACUAGCUAGCAUUUCCCUUCAUGGAUAGCUAUUUACAAAAGGUAGUGUUUCUUUUAUUAUUAGUUUGUUCUUCCAAUUGUUACUUGAAAUCUUAAAAGGAACUUGAUAAUAAAGUUUGUUUUUGUU